UCCCCAGGGCUGGGGUCAGGCCAGGUCGCCGGCCCGCGGGUGGCCGCCAGCAGCAUGAGCGGCUCGGCCCUCCUGAGGAGUUCCAGCAAAUGGGGCCUGGACAAGCUGGUGAGGCUCACCACUCAGUGGAGCGUGGAAGAUGAGGAAGAGGCCGCCCGGGAGCGGCGCCGUCGGGAGAGGGACAGCAAGCUGCAGGCCCAGGACGAGGACGGGGGCAGCCGGGCCCCCCAGCUGCCUGAGCAGGAGACCCUCCUCAGCCUGAAGCCCGCAGAGGCUCCGGAACCGGAUGAGGAUGAGGGUUUCAGCGACUGGUCCCAGAAGCCUGAGCAGCAGCAGCAGCACUGGGGGGCUGGGGAGGCCCCUUGGGGCGAGAGUCCAGAGGGCCGGCAAGAGGAAGAGGACAGGCCCCACCAGCACACCUGCGGGAGCCAGGAUGGAGAUGAGCAGAGCCCAGCCAGCGUUCGCCCAGAGGAGCUGUGUCUGAGCCCCAGCUCUGAGCUCCAGGUGGGGCCGGGAGCAGAGGAGACCCAGUCCAGGAGCCCGGAGGGGACCAUCCAGGACAGCCUGCGGCCAGGAGACGCUGGAGAGACAGAAGAGCAGCACCACAAAAGCCAGCAGCCCAGGACACCCAGCCCCCUGGUCUUGGAGGGCUCUACCGAACAGGGCUCACCUCCCCUGAGCCCCAGCACCAAACUCAUCGACAGAACCGAGUCCCUGAACCGCUCCAUCAAGAAGAGUAACAGUGUGAAGAAGGCCCAGCCAGCCCUGCCCAUCUCCAAGAUCGACGAGCGGCUGGAGCAGUACGCUCAGGCCAUCGAGAGUGCCGGCCGGGCCUCCAAGCUAACGCGCCAGCCCUCCAUCGAGCUGCCCAGCAUGGCUGUGGCUAGCACCAAGAGCCGGUGGGAGACGGGAGAGGUGCAGGCCCAGUCCACGGCCAAGGCCUCCUCCUGCAAGGAUAUUGUAGCUGGAGACAUGAGCAAGAAAAGCCUCUGGGAGCAGAAAGGAGGCUCCAAGGCACCAUCAACAAUGAAGCAGAGCACCCCAUCUGGAAAGAGGUACAAGUUCGUGGCCACCGGACAUGGGAAGUAUGAGAAGGUGCUCGUGGACGAGGGCUCAGGGCCCUAGGCGGCCCUUCCUGGGGCAGGAAAGGGACUGUCACUGGUGAUUGACCCAAGGAGCCACCCCUCACAGAGGCCAAGGGUUCCCAAGGAAGGCCCAGGAUGGGCCGAGAGAGAACACCUGCUGGGGGAUCUCCAGGUCAAGAGACAGCACCUCCUGCACCACACGCUCAGGCCCCUGCCGGCCCCCAAGCCCUGCUUGCAGCCUCCUCCUAGUGAGAUAAAGCCCUCGUGUGUUCCAAACGCUCAUUCUGUGUUCACUAACUGGGGGAGGGACAAGGGAGCGGUGUCGGCCCAGGCGGGGAGCCCUCCCCACCCACCCUGGACAGUGGUAGCACCCAGGCCCCCGGCCUCCAGGUUCCGACACCCUGUCCUGUCCCAUGGCCUUCUGCAGUGUUAGACUCUGGGAUCUGAGGUGUAUGGUGGCUUAAGUCCGGGGCUCAUGAUGGCUGAGAUCCAGUCCUCCUCUCCCAGAGCACCUGUGAUGCUUCCCCCUUGACUGGCCUGAUUAAACUUUACUGCGCUUGAAACAGUG